GAAGACGGCUGCUCCUGUGAAGAAGAUUGGGAAAACCUUUCUUGACAUUUCGAUGAGGAAGUCGGUUGCCAGUUGGGCACCGAAAACAAGAGUUUCGAGUAAAUUAUUUCUGCUUCAACAGACAAACCAGAUUAAACUGAGAAGUUUUUCAGAAGCUUGUUUUCUCCUUGGAAGAGAUGGCUGUUUAAGGAAGGCUGAAAACAAAGGAACCAACUCCAUCUGCCAGAUCUAAACUGUGGGAGAACCCCAUUAAGAGUCAAAGGAAAAAAUCUGGAGCACAGAAAGGCAGCACAAGGUGAACAUUUUGCUCCAGAGGGAGAACACUAAAUGUUACAAUGUUUGGCUACCCAACAACUGAGGCAAUGGGCUGGCUCCAGAAGAAUUAUGGGAACUCUCAGGGGACAAGUGGGCAACUGAAAAGUCGCCUAAAGGAUCUGAAGAAACCUUGGCGGAAGGAAAUUAGCCCUUCAAUGCUGCAGCACAGUGAAACCGCCAGACUGGCUGUGGAUGCCUUUCUGGAAGGGGGCAAAGCUGGCUAUCUACAAGCUAUCACUCAGGAAAAUGAACUGCCAUUUCUUUCUACGUUAGAUAUGGAUUAUAUGAGCCGACAUAGCCAAAACAUCGCUGAGUCUCCAGCGAAGGCAGGGCUCACACGGGAUGACAGUGCAGAUGGAGCUUCUCUCCUUUCUGGAGUCACAUCUGGAACAUACUUUCCACUCAUGUCUGAUGUUGAUCCUCCACAGCUGGAGCUUGGUUGGCCAGAGAUACCAGCUCACAAAAUAUUUGGCCGGACAGAAAUCAGUUUGUAUUUCCAAAGAGACAAGACAAAUAAUAUUAAGGAAGUAUUUAGGUCUCUAAUAAGCAAGGCCCAAACAGUGAUUGCAAUUGUGAUGGAUCUCUUCACAGAUAUGGAAAUAGUCAGUGAUUUGAUGGAGGCUUCAAGCAAACGACAUGUUCCUGUAUAUUUGAUCCUUGAUGAAAAGAACCUAAAAGAAUUUGCAGAAAUGUGCCACAAAAUGGAUCUCACAAUGGAUGACUUCCCAAAUAUGCGCAUACGCUGUGCGAGUGGAGACACAUAUUACAGCAAAACUGGCAAGAAGCUUACAGGACAAGCACUUGAAAAAUUUAUGUUGAUAGACUGUGAAGAAGUCCUUGCAGGGACAUACAGUUUCACAUGGCUAUGCAGCCAAAUCCACACUGGCCUAGUAAUCCACUUCAAAGGGGAAAUUGUUCAAGAUUUUGACAGAGAGUUCCGAUGCAUAUACGCAGAAUCUAGAUCUGUGAAUGAACUUAGUACCCCCUCUGCUGAAAGGUCCAUACCUUCUUCUCACAGAAUUUUACAGAAAUACGAGCCUGUUCUAAAGGAGGUUCAAAUAGAAGAUCAUGAAACCGCCAGCCCUUCAAGUAGCCUCUCCAAUUCAAGCAUAGGAAGCAUAAAGAGAUCGCCAUAUCUAAACCAGCAGACAACUACCCAUAAACUCUGUGAAAAGAAAGAACAGACUACAAAUGAAACACAAAAUAAUGUUUCAUGCUUACUAGGACUUAGUGAUAUGAAUUACCAACCAAGGGAUCUGCCAAACUCUAGCCUCAGUACUUCAGCAAAAUUAAAGCACCCAUUCAAUGAAGCAUCUAAUCUACCAAGAGUGAAGGCAUCUUUACUGUCAGUAUCUUCACCAAUACUAAGUGACAGGACAAGCAAUGGGUAUGAUUUCCAGUUUCGGGCUGAGAACUUGGGAAUAAAAGGCAACAAACAGUGCCUCUACCCUGUUCAACCAGUGAAUGAUGUAAGCAAAAUACAGCAAGAUGGAGAGCCAGUCACUUCUGGAUACAGUAAACUAGAACUCAACAAGCCUUAUAAAUCAUUAAACAGUGAGAUGAGUCCCACUCUUUCUAGUUCUUAUGGUUCCUCUGAUAGUACACAGGCAAAAAACCACAGCAAUAUACAGAGAGGAGAAAAAAGGAUGACUCUUGGUCAUAGUAAAUUGGAUAUGAUUACCAACUACAACAAAGCAAAAGCAAAGCAAAUUCAUAGUCGAUUUGAGUUGUAAUUUAUAUUUUAAGUUUAGUAAAAUUGUUUGCCUCCAUAAAAGGCGAAGAUGGUUGCAGGCACUGAAUCUGUAAAAAUUAAUACAGAAAAGAAACUCCAACAUCUCUCAUUUAUUUAGUGUAAGUAUCAGACUCAGUUCAAAAAUAAUGAAGAGGCUUAAGAAGGAGUCUAGAAAUAUAACUAUGUGAGA